AUGACUUCUGAUUUCCAGUUAUGGAAGGACUAUUUCCAGCUUGCCAAAGUGGUGGAAAGGAUCUACAGAGAGGAGGACGGCCUGAAGGAGACCUCUCUCCCCGAGCACGGAGAGGCUUCCCUGGAAGGGAAUGGCCAGGCGGAGGGGCUGCCUUGCUCUUUCUGCAAGAACAACGGAGAGUCCAAGCACGUCUACAUGUCGCACCGGCUCAAGGACGCGACUGGAAGGGUGCGGUGUCCGAUUUUAAGGAACUACACAUGUCCUCAGUGCGGUGCGUCCGACGACGCGGCCCACACCCGGAGAUUCUGCCCCUUAACCAACAAGGGCUACACAUCCGUCUAUAACAGUAGCAUCCGGAAUUCAGCGGGGAAGAAGAAAAAAGCAUCAAGUGUGAAUCUGCACUACUAGCUCUUCUAACGUGAUAUCACUUUUCCUGAGGUCUGGGGAGAUUCUGGCUCUAAUAAUUCACCCUUAGUGGUUGAUAACACGGAAAUGAACUCAUACACAAUCCAAAGAAAACACGGGUACCACUGAAAGACUUGAAUGACAAUUUUAUACAGGUGCAUAUCACACAUGAGACCCUGGCAGUGAAUUCUCACAGUGCUAAUAGUCAACUCACUUCAAGCUAUUGUUUUUCAUUCAGCUGUUCUCUUUUUACUUGAAUUAAUGUACAUUCAUGUUCA